AAACAUACCUAGCAGCAUUAGUGCAAAUGGCAUGUCGGAAAAACGCUUGGCCAUUAGAUCGGUCUCUAACUUAUACAGCAGUUUCCAACUUUCGAGAUGCUGCUGAAGUAGAGGAGAGACCAGAUCAGGGCUGCUAUGUGCAAGGGUUGUACCUAGAAGGUGCGUGUUGGGACUCAGAAGAACAUUGUUUAAAACGUUCACAUCCCAAAGUACUGAUUGAAGAAUUGCCAGUGCUCACUGUGAUACCCAUAGAGGCUCAUCGAUUGAAAUUGCAGAACACGUUGAAAACGCCAGUAUAUACGACGUCGAACAGACGCAAUGCUAUGGGUGUUGGUUUGGUCUUUGAAGCAGACCUGGCAACUACAGAGCAUAUUUCGCAUUGGGUAUUGCAGGGUGUGUGUCUACUGCUGAACUCAGAUUGAGAAUAUCGUGAUUUAAUUUUCUUCAUAGGAGGUCGUCCGG